AUGGGUCGCCAAAAACAAACGAUGCCACUUCAGCGCAGUCCCUCGUCGGAACUGAUGCAGUCGCACCCUGACGGGCCAAGAGUUACAGAAAAUACUGCAAAUGGGCAAUUAUCCCAUUCAGCAAUCGCCAAUGGCAAAGCUCCGUCUCAGGCGCCGGUCCCCAUCGCUCAACCAACUGCCGAUAGCCCCGGCUUGAUGCAGCUGUUCAUCUGUGUCCUCGGUAUAUAUGCAGCCUUCCUAUCAUGGGGAGUCCUCCAAGAAGCAAUCACGACGACGAGUUACCCCGUUCGGCCUGCCACGACCACCGAGCCUAACCCCCCGACGGAGCGCUGGACGUAUUCCCUCGUCCUGAAUACAAUCCAGUCUACCUUUGCUGCAAUCACCGGGUUUCUGUACCUCUUCUUCUCGACUCCGUUGGGUCAAGACGUACCCUCGAUCUUCCCCACGCGCCGUAUUCUCUUCCCCUUGUUGCUCGUCAGCAUCUCGUCUUCACUGGCUUCGCCCUUUGGCUACGCCAGUCUUGCGCACAUUGACUAUUUGACUUUCAUUCUGGCCAAGUCAUGCAAAUUGCUGCCGGUCAUGGCCCUCCACUUGACGAUUUUCCGGAAGCGGUAUCCGCUGUACAAGUACAUGGUCGUGUUGCUGGUGACUCUCGGAGUCGCAACGUUUACUCUCCACCACCCGAGCACAAGCAAGAAGGUGGCCGCAUCCGCAGCCAAGCAAUCCGGUUCCUCGGCAUGGGGAAUCUUCCUCCUCUCGAUUAACCUGCUCCUGGAUGGGUUGACCAACACGACGCAGGAUCACGUCUUCACCUCUCCCAAACUCUACACCAAAUUCACCGGUCCCCAAAUGAUGGUUGCGCAGAAUGUUUUGUCGACCGCCCUGACAACCGCAUACCUUCUGAUCAUGCCCCAGCUCUCUCAGAGUGGUAUUCUGCACAACCUCCUGCCCAUCCCUAUUCCGCCAUCCACAGAGACAGAGCUGUCCUCGGCCAUUUCUUUCCUGUCACGACACCCCGAGGCACUGAAACACGUGCUUGGGUUCGCCGCCUGCGGAGCCGUUGGCCAAUUGUUUAUUUUCUACACAUUGUCCCGAUUCUCGUCGCUUCUGCUCGUCACUGUGACUGUGACUCGCAAGAUGCUGACAAUGCUGUUGAGUGUGUUCUGGUUUGGUCAUUCGCUGAAACCGGGCCAGUGGCUGGGCAUUGCACUAGUCUUUGGCGGAAUCGGUGCCGAGGCAGUGGUGCAGAGACAGGAAAAGAGGUCCAAAGAACGGGCUCGUCUGGAAGCGGCCAAGAAAACGGAGUAA